AUGAAGACGUUCAACACCCCUGCUCCCAAUGUACCAUACUAUACCCCCGCACAAGAUCCACCAGCUGGAUCUGCUCUCUCACCAAACCCUCCACCUCUAUUCACUCCAUUAACAAUCCGGGGAGUGACGUUCCACAAUCGUAUAGCAGUAUCGCCAAUGUGCAUGUAUAGCUCUGAUGAUGGUCUUUUAAACGAUUGGCAUUUGGUUCAUCUGGGUCAGUUUGCUCUAAGAGGUGUCGGAUUAGUGAUAAUUGAGGCGACAGCAGUCAGUCCCGAAGGUAGAAUAACACCUCACGACUCGGGCAUCUGGGAUGAUAAACACAUCGCGCCGUUGAAGAAGAUUGUCGAUUACGUUCAUUCUCAAGGCAUAAAGAUCUGCAUUCAGCUAGCGCAUGCAGGAAGAAAGGCCACGACGAACGUACCAUAUGUUAUGCAAUGUAAUCCUACGCUACCUCUCGUAGUCCCUCCCGAAUAUGGUGGGUGGCCCGAUAACGUAGUCGCACCAAGCGCUAUCCCAUGGGACUCUGAACACGCAAAUCCUCGUGAACUAACCGUUCCGGAAAUACACAGCAUCCAGAAAGCAUUCGUUGAUGCAGCUAAGAGAGCAAAAGCUGCAGGAUUCGACGUUCUCGAACUGCAUUAUGCUCACGGAUACCUUGGCCACGAAUUCCUAUCACCUAUUUCAAACAAACGUACAGACGAAUAUGGUGGGUCGUUUGAAAAUAGAAUAAGGUUUAAUGUCGAGGUUGCUAGAAAAGCGCGAGAGGUAUGGCCGGACGAUAAGCCAUUAUUCGUGAGAAUUUCUGCCACGGAUUGGGUCGAAAACGAAGAGUCAUGGACCGUCGACGAUUCCGUGAAACUGGCGAGAAAACUUGAGGAGGUUGGAGUCGACUUUGUAGAUGUCUCGUCGGGAGGUAAUACGCCCGCGCAAAAGAUUACUGUUGGUCCCGGAUACCAAGUUCCCUUCGCUGAAAAGAUUAAGAAAGAGACAAACUUACUUAUUGGCUCGGUCGGUAUGAUUAGAGAACCAAAGCUUGCAAAUGAUAUAGUUGCUAGUGGAAAGUCAGAUCUUGUAUUACUCGGAAGGCAGUUUCUGGCUGAUGGUAGUUGGGUGUUUAGGGCUGCGGAAGAGUUGGGAGUGGUUGUGAAAUGGCCUAUUCAAUCGCCAUCGUCUGAAUUCAUGAACCGAAACAAUGAAGCAGAAGACUCCUUGAAUUGUGAAAAGACCGUCAAUGAUAAUGGGAGUCCUGGAGUCGUAUACACUUCAAAGAUCUGCUAUAUGCGCAGGUUCCGACCUGCUGACCUGAGACGAGGGGAGUUAACUUCUCUCAUUAGCGAUACGAAUUUAGUAGUCUCGGCUGACGACUCACAACUUGUCACGGGACACGACAGAUUAACAUUUCCGUAA